AUGUCCAAAAGUAAUGCCAGAGACAUGCUGACGAGAAGAGUUUUUCAGCUUAGGAACUUUCCUACGCUUAGAAAUUCUUUGGUUUCUAAAAGAUCGCUGGUAUUAACUGCAGAUUUAGAGCGUACGUUGAGUAAAUUGCCCGAUGAAGGUGUUGUAGUAGUGGGGGCAGGCCAUGCCGGUUGCGAAGCUGCUACUGGGUCUGCUAGAACUGGUGCACCUACUGUUUUGAUCACACCAUUUUUAAACAAGAUUGGAACUUGUUCAUGUAACCCUUCUAUGGGUGGUGUUGGUAAAGGCACUCUACUCAGAGAAGUGGAUGCUCUCGAUGGUGUUGCUGCCAAAGUAACUGAUUUAGCUGGUAUUCAGUUUAAAAUGCUUAAUAGAAGUAGAGGAGCUGCUGUUUGGGGUCCCAGAGCUCAAAUUGAUCGUGAAAUCUACUUGCGAGAAAUGCAGAAUAAAUUGAAUAACUAUCCAAAUCUGCGACUAUGGGAAGGUAAAGUUAAGGACUUGAUCGUUGAUAUUAGAAAAAACCAGAAUUCUAAUUAUACUUACGGUGCGGUAAAGGGUGUAAUCCUAGAGGAUGGAUCGUUGCUGAAAUCAUCCAAAGUUGUCAUUACCACUGGUACUUUUCUCAGCGCUGAAAUCCAUAUUGGUCUCGAGACUUUCCCUGCUGGUAGAAUGGGUGAAGGUGCUACUUAUGGAAUAAGUGAGACUUUGGAAGAUGCUGGUUUUCAACUGGGCAGACUUAAAACGGGUACGCCAGCACGUCUCGAUGGUAGAACCAUAGAUUAUACACAUCUAGAAAAGCAAUAUGGUGAUGAUCCUCCACAUCCGAUGAGUUUAAUAAAUGAGGACGUUUCGAUAAAAGAUCAGGUAUUGUGCUAUGGAACCUAUACGAAUUUGGGUUUACAUGAUUACAUUAGAUCAAAUUUACAUCGUGCCAUGCACAUUAGAGAAACCAUAAAGGGCCCUAGGUAUUGUCCUUCCAUUGAAGCCAAAAUCCUGAGAUUUUCAGAUAAGGAUUCUCAUAGAAUCUGGCUUGAACCUGAAGGUCUAAAUACCGACGUCAUAUACCCCAAUGGGAUUUCUAAUUCGAUGCCUGAAGAUGUCCAGAUACAGAUGAUGAGAAUGAUUCCAGGAUUAGAAAACGUUGAAAUUUUACAACCUGCGUACGGUGUAGAGUAUGACUAUGUGGAUCCUAGACAGCUGCGGCAAACAUUGGAGACUAAAUUAAUCUCUGGACUUUAUUUGGCAGGGCAGAUAAAUGGUACCACUGGGUACGAAGAAGCAUGUGCACAAGGUGUGGUAGCGGGUAUUAAUGCAGGUUUGCUACACAUGAAUAGAGAGCCAUUGAAACUUUCCAGAUCUGAUGCGUACAUCGGUGUUUUAAUCGAUGAUCUGAUUACAAAAGGUGUUGAAGAGCCAUACAGAAUGUUUACAUCCAGAUCAGAAUUCAGAGUCAGUGUUCGUGCUGAUAAUGCGGACUUCCGUCUCACUGAAUUAGGACGCAAAUUGGGUGUAGUAGGCGAUGAUAGAUGGUCCAUUUUCCAAUCCUAUAAGAAUCAGUACUUGAAUAUUGAAUCCAAGUUAAAAGACUUCAAUUUGAGCGCUAGAAAGUGGACCAACUUGCUAAACAUACAAGUAGCCGAUUCUGCAAAGAAUAGAUCUGCUUGGGAAUUGUUCAGGUUCAAUGGUGUAACUUUAGAAAAGAUGAUGGAAGCAGUUCCUGAACUAGGUAUCGAUAUCAACGAAUUGCCUAGACAUGUUCUUGUUAAAGUUAACGUACAGGGGAAAUAUAGUCCCUACAUCUCGAGACAAAACCAAUACGUAAAAGCGUUCCAAGCGGAUGAAAACAUGGUUCUGCCUCAAAAUUUUGAUUACUCUCAAUUGCCCAGUUUGUCUUUUGAAUGCAAGACUUUACUUAACACCAUCCAACCUGAGACUAUUGGCCAGGCCAGAAGAAUCCAGGGCAUUACGGCGGCGUCUUUGUUUGAACUCUAUCGACUUGUGAAAUCUAAACAGAGAGUUUUGCAAUCAACGCCAAAUUCUGUGAAUAUUCCAAAUACUGCUGAACAAAAGUUGUAG